AUUGGUGGUGAGAAAGACAUUCCGAAAGCAGACAUUUUACCUUUUUUUUUAAUAUGCCUUUGAACUACUCUCUCAUUUGAUGAACAAGCAAUCCAGUCUCUCAUUACCUUUUUCUUACUUUUUUUUCUUCCAAAGCUAUCAUUAAUUAACUUUCUUAUCAUUUUAUUUGUUUUUUCUUUUUUAAAUAAUUAAAAAAAAAAAAAAAGAGAUUUAUUCACUCUGCUUUGGAGUAGGGUUCAUUCUUCUCAAUUUUUUGUGUUGCAAUAAUAUGGGAAGUGAGUGCAAUAUUCCUCAAAAGCUCCAUUAUGAUAUUUCCAUGUCCAAGAGGACCAGAAAGCCAUUGAAUACCCGAGAUGCCAAUCGAAAAUAUAGUCCUCCGGAAGGUGAUCUUAAUGGAGGAGAAGAGGGAGGAGGAAGAAGAGAGAGCUCUCUUGAUGGGGAAGAAAAUGGGCAUAAGAGCUUGAAGCAACUCAUCAAUGGUGAUGGAAAAGCAGUGGUGGUGAUCAAGUCUGGUGGUGGUGAUGAUCGUCAUGAGGAAAUUAGCAAAGGAAGAAGUUCCCUUGGCCAACACUUCACAGAAGAAGAGAAGAAUCUACAGCUGAUCACAACACAGCAGAAGGAGGGUUUGCAAGGAAGGAAGCUCAAGAAAAUGGUGAGUCGUUAUGCAAAGGUUUUAAGCCAUCUGAUUAAGCUCAAGCGUGAUUCUUCUCUCAAGGAAUCCCAGAAAAAGCCCGUCCUACGUCUAACUAUGUAGAUUUUCUUGUUUCUUUUUUUCUAUAUAUGUGCAUUAUAUAUGUGAUUUCAGCAUGUAUUUUCCAGAGGCUGAUAAUCUUUUGGUUAAUUCCCAUCGCAGUACGUUUCAUUUUUGUUUAAGGUAUUAUAUGUUUUGUGUUUCUUGUCUAUUUUCCUGAAAGGAAAAACCAUGGGGUUUUAUUAUUA